AACUUGGAGAAAGAAGGAGUCCCGCGCGUCGGAAUGGUGAGACGGGAGCGCGCGCCGAGGAGCCGCGCACGACGCGGAGCGGACUGGAAGUUGACGAAGAAGGUCCGCGGCUUUUGAACACUCGGGUCCGACCCCCCCCCCGCCCCCACCUCCUCCCGCUGUGCCGUGGGUCCCGGUGGAAGGAGGUCUUCCGUUAAGCCCCACCGGGGGGGCCGCGCGGGCUCUCCGACCGAUGGAAACAGAGCAGAGGGAGCAAGAAAAAAAAAAAAAAGGGGGGAAUCUCUUCGCUCCGGCAGAAGCGCCGGCGAGGCGACAUCUGACGCGUCUUUUAUUACUUAACGUGAUAUACGAAAUGUAGUCCGGACAUGUAGUAAGCGCGCGUGUGUGUGUGUUUUUGUGUGCUUUUAACGCGUGCGUGUUAGCAUGAUAUUGAGUCCGACAUGUCUGACGUGACGCCGAGUAAAAGCGUGGAAUGGCUGCAGCGGGAGUUGGAGUCCGGAGCCGCGUCUCUGCUGCUGCUGGACUGCCGCUCGCACGAACUCUACGAGUCGUCCCACGUAGAGACCGCCAUCAACCUGGCCAUACCGGGGCUGAUGCUCCGCAGGUUCAAGAAGGGCAACAUCCCGAUCCGGACCAUCAUCCCCAACCACGAGGACAAGGAGAAGUUCGUGAGGCGCUGCAAGACGGACACGGUGCUGCUGUACGACGAGACCACCGCGGGCUGGCAGGACGGCGGCGCCCCGGCGUCGGUUCUGGGUCUGCUGCUUCAGAAGCUGUGGGAGGACGGCUGUAAGGCGUUUUACCUGGAAGGUGGAUUCGUGAAGUUUCACACCGAGUACCCGGAGCACUGCGAGACCCUCCUGGACAGCUCGUGCCCCAGCUCCUCCCCGCCGCUCUCCGUCCUGGGCUUCGGGAACCUCCGGAUCAGCUCGGACUGCUCGGACGGGGAGUCCGACCGGGAGCCCGGCAGCGCCACGGAGUCCGAGGAGAGCCCCGUCCCCGGCAACCAGCCGGCCUUCCCCGUCCAGAUCCUGCCCUACCUUUACCUGGGCUGCGCCAAAGACUCCACCAACCUGGACGUGCUGUGCCAGUACAACAUCCAGUACAUCCUGAACGUCACGCCCAACCUGCCCAACGCGUUCGAGCACGACGGCCACUUCCGGUACAAAAAGAUCCCCAUUUCGGACCACUGGAGCCAGAACCUGUCCCAGUUCUUCCCCGAGGCCAUAUCAUUUAUAGAUGAAGCUCGGUCCAAGCACUGCGGCAUCCUGGUCCACUGCCUGGCCGGCAUCAGCCGCUCGGUCACGGUCACCGUGGCCUACCUGAUGCAGAGGCUCAACCUCUCGCUGAACGACGCCUACGACUUCGUCAAGAGGAAGAAGUCCAACAUUUCCCCCAACUUCAACUUCAUGGGUCAGCUGCUGGACUUUGAGAGGACGCUGGGGCUGCGCAGUCCCUGCGACAACCGCUCCGCCAGCGAGGAGCAGCUCUUCUUCACCACGCCGACCAAUCACAACGUCUUCCAGCUGGACACCCUGGAGUCCACAUGAGGGGUCAAUCGGAUGGCCUUUUAUUUUUAUUUUUUUUGUCCCGUGUGAGUCAGUCACAGUAUUUCUGAACCAAAAGGAACAUUGCUUCCAGCCUGCCUUAAUCUCCAACACAAGGAUGACUCUGGUCACCCACCAUACGCGGCAUUAAUCGCUGGUCAUGUGCGACCGUGACAGCAGGACACUUUUCUAUUAUAUCUAGGAUUGUCGUUUCACCAGCUGUAAAGCAGAUGCUAGUGUUUCGAGAAUUGCCUCGGUGGUCUUUCGGCCGAUCAGAAUGUGUUUCCGGGGACCAAUCUCGCGACGUUUUCACGUUGCGCAAAAUAAGCUUCGGCAGCGAUCCGGCCUUGAAAGAUUGUCCAGUUUUUCGUCUGACGACUGGUCAGAAUGAAGAUGCCACAGAAAGUAUAUAUUUUAUCAAUACUUUCACUGACGUCUCGUUAAAUACGUUCCAGUGCCCGCUUUCAGUUAAAACAUAAUUUUCCAUAAACGUCCCCUGUAUGUUAUAUUUCUUAUAACUGCAUCAUUUGCAUGUGACCUUUUAUUUUGCGACCCUUAGCUCACGUUUCCUGUCGUCGAGGCCUUAAACCACACGUCCGAUACCGCCAGAGCAUGAGAGCGGCUUUUCGCCCACGAUUGACGGGAACAGACGUGUAACUAAUCGGUGCGUAAAGGAAUGGACGGCCUCGUUUUUUUACGCCUUUGGUCUGCAGCGACUCCCUUCUGAUGGCACAAUGUGUAAUCAGCUGUUCUCAGAACAGUGAGAGGAAAUGAAAAGGAAACAAGUUUGACGAAAUAUGUUCUUACCUCAAAGAGAGACAUUUUCAGGGAUUUUUUUAUACCAGUCAUCUGUAUCUCGUCGCGGCCUCUUAAAGUGCAUCCAAGGGCUGUUUUCGUUUUGGUAUCUUUGUAAAGAUGUACAUAAAAUGCGGUUGCCAUGGGGGGGACAUUUUCUUAAAAUCAUGAAGGAUGCAAAAGUGACCCUGUUUUUGACCCUUAUGUAUAGUAUAUGUAAAGCUAAAUGUCCAAGACAUUCUGUACAAGUUUAUACAACAAAUAUAUUGUAUAUUUUUACUUGAAAAUCA